UUGCAUAUUACUUAAACGUUUUAUAUUGUGUUGUUGCGAAUUACCAUAACUUUGACAAUUUAUUGCCGCGUUACGUAGACUAAGUACAAGGCAAUAAGCCAGCCAGCACCUUUUUCUCAGUUCUUCCAAAGAUUGAAUUUGGGGACCAAAUUGGAACAAUAAACAAGUGCUAACGGCUUACGGAUCAAAUCGACUGGCUGCGGCUAGUGCAACUGCUCACUAGCCAGGGCUUCCUUGUUUCUAGCCGCAGCCAUAACUUUCGGUCACGGCUUGAUGCACGUUCAGUUAUCCUCUGGCGGGUACCAGUCGAACUAUAAUAUCCAUCACAUAUCAACACAAGGAACCAAUGAACCGAGACCGGCUGCUUUGAAAAGUUUACUUCGAGAAGACAUCAACGUGUCAGCAGGAAAAAUGGAAACCUCUUUGUCAACCAGUGAAGAGUUGGAUGAUGAGUUUGACCGUUCUCUUGUGAAAAUGAAGCCCCAUGUUUUGCGCCUCUCUCCAAAAUCAGAGAGGCAGAGAUGUGCUAAUUGGAUCAAGAAGCUAUGCGAACCUCCCGGCUCUGGACCUACUGCAAGGAAAAACAGGAACUUGUAUGCCAACCUCUUGCUUCACAUGCUGCAGAAAGGUCUUAUCGAGGGCCCGUUCGCUCAUCGACCCCAACCUGGGCCCCUACCUACAUUGCCUGCCCAUAUGUCCAUAUACUUUGAUGAGCCGCGCCAUGCGUCGUUCCCCGCACACAGCGAGAGUGGUGCAGUGUCUCUCCACGUCCCUGACUGGGUCUACAGCGAGCUCAGUCAGAACGGCUCCAGCUCCUCAACCCAACCCACGGCGACCUCAACAUUACGAGAGAAAUAUCACAGUACCACAGGCUCCUGGCUUCAUCAGAGAGCAAGAAGUGAGAAUGAGGUGGUUUCAGCAAACGCCGGCGGGGACGAGGACUACCACAAGACACAAAGUAAUGUUCACCAGGAGAUGUUUUCUUACGACGCCAGUGGCACUAUGGGGCCAGGUUCUCCCAGUAAGACAUCAUUUCAAGCAAAUAGCACUCUCAGAGAAGGGACGAUACCGAGGAGACAACACGAGAAGGAAUUGGAGAUGAGAACGAAGAUGAUGGAAGCAAAACACCACGAAGAAAAGUUACAAUUACAACAGAGACACGACGGAGCGAUACAGAAGAUUCUUGAUCGCAAAAACUCUGAGAUGGAGGACAUGAAGAGCCAUUACCGAAGCAAAAGCAAGGAAAUGGAAACAACCGUCAGGAAACUGGAGAGAAAAGUGCAAAGCUUGGUUAAGGAAUCGGUCAUAAUACGUGACAGCAAGGACCAACAAAUUGCAGAGCUCAAGAAAAUGGUGGAACACAGCGACCAGUCAACUCAGAAUGAAUUCGAAACCAAGCUCCAUGAAAAAACGACCGAGUUUGAGCAGGAGAAAUUUGAAAUGCAGAAACAUCACACGAGAGCAAUACAGGAAAUCUUAGAUGAUACCAACGCAAGGCUGCACAAGAUGGAAACAGAAUACAGUGAACAAGUGGAUCAUCACGCCACAGUCAUCAGAGACUUAGAGGAGAGAAUCACACAAUUGACUCAGGAAUCUGAGAAUCAGAACGCUGCCCAGGCAGAACUGGAUCGGGAAAAGGCUGACUUAGAGAGAACAAACAGGCUGGUAAAUGCCGAACUGGAGAACAUCAGGACAAGUCAGUCUGCAGAGACGAUUCGUGAGCUGGAGCAACACGUCCAGGACCUGAAACAACAGCUGCAGGAAAGUGAACAUCGCCGACAGCGAGAACUCAGGGAUCUGGAGUCUAUGCUAAAACAAGAUAAACUUCACCAGGAGAAUCUUCACGAGAAGCAGAUAUUGAGCUUGAGGUCGGAGCUGGAAGGAGAAAGACAAGACAAUCACAACAAAAUCCUGAAAGUUCAACAAGCAAUCAGGGAUAAGGAUGACCAGUUAGAGAAGUCGGCCGAGUUGCGGAAGAUGCAGACGCAGCAAGCCGAGAAAGCGCUGGAAGAGUUCAAGCUGCAGGUGGAGCAGAACUCCAGCAGGAUGUUUGAGGACAUGAAGGCACAAAUGCAGAAAGUGGAAGCUGAUCUCCUUCAAUCCAAAGAUCUGCGACAGACGCAGGCGAAGGAGUAUGCCAGGCAACUAGACCAAGAGCGUAAGCGCUUUGAAAAACAGUUUUCUGAGCAGGAGGCCUUGCAUAACGAGAAGUUGAGCCAACUCGUACAACAGCAUCAAAUGGAACAGGAAUCGAUGCAGCAAGAACAUGAACGGAUCCUGGCAGGCAGCACAGGCAGGCUGCAAAGCCGGAUAGACGAAGAACGUAAUCAGAGUGUACAGCGACAAGACCAGGAUGCCACGGUAAUAAGAGAGCUGGAGCAGCAAGUCCGUGAGCUGAGACAGGCAAAUAUGCAGAAUGAUUCUCUCCGCAAGCAGCAACUUGUUGAAUUGGGAUUACUGCGAGAAGAGGAGAAGCAGAAAGCACACCGGGAGAGCGAGACAGCCGUUUCUAAACUGAAGUCAGAGAUGGAGCAGCAACGGUUGAGAUUACAAAGAGAUCACAGUGCCGAGAUGGAACAAAUGUUGCAAGAGACCAAUGCAAGACUGAAGAACAUAGAGACAGACUACACAGAGAGAUUAGCCAAAACAGCUGAGAAUAACAAGCAGUUAACGGAGAGAAUAGAAACGUUGCAGCAAGAAUUCUUGAGCUCUAGGAACGAGCUUGAGAGGCAGAUGUCGGAUGCUAUCACCAAGCUGGAAGACGAGAAGGAACUCCUUAAGAAACAGCACUCUGCCUAUCUAAAGACUUUGCACCAAGACCUCGAUAAGCAGAGGACUCGAGCCAGGCAGGUGGAGAGAGAAUUACAGCAGAAGGAUUUCCAGCAUCAAGACCGGAUGACCCACUUGAAGCAAGAAUACGAACACAGAAUGAGAGGACUGAUGCCUCUGAAUGUCCGGCAGGAGCUAGAAGACACUAUUGAAUCGCUCAAGGCCCAAGUGAGCGCUCUCCAGCAAAGAAGUAUGUUACUACAAGAAGAUAUCGAUAAGAGCAGAAAAGCCACCGUGCGGUCACCCUCUAGGAACUAAUCCAUGACUACUUACAGAUAUGCUCAUAUUUUUGUCAUAUCGGUCAUUAUAUAAAUUCGGGGUCCGAAAGUGUGGCACUUUUGUGUCCUUGUUACAUCUGACCUGUGUAAUUUGACAUGGAAAUGUCAUUGGAACUGAUUUCAAUCUAUUACUAUUUGUUGGGCAGGUAAUUUGCAUUAAUUUGUCACUCAUGGAAAUUAGAAAAUGUGUUCUGAACUUAUAAAAUUAUAUGUCAAAUGUGACAGGGACACCAAAAAAUCGGAUCCCUAAUUUCUAGAAUGACCCAUAUAUCCAUGCAGAUCAGAAU